AACAAACAAUAUUGCCCGUCCUCUAAGGUAACAAGCAGGCAAAUGUUUACGAAGAGGGCUCUUGCCGAAGCGGGGUGUUUGCAAAGAUUUUCUUGCUAAUUGCGUAUCAGACGGAAGGCUGCGGAAGGCUGGUCAAGUUUGGAGCCACCGAGCAGGAGAAGAGAAGGCUGAAGGCGCUCAGUGAGGGGAGAGAUCUGGGGAAGACAACAUCGCACGCAGCCAGCCCGCGGCUCCCGCCUCCGCUCCCUCCCGGACUCGCUCGCUCUCUUCCCUCUCCCCCAGCGCUCCGUUCUCCGGCGGCAUCUCGCUCCAUCCCUCUUUCUCAAUUCCCUCGUAGACUCCACUCCAGAUCUGUGCUGCUGCCUGCAAACUUUUUUCCUUUUUUUUUUUUUUUUUUCCCCUUCCUGCCUCUCUUUUUCUUUUUGGAGUGGAUAGCCCUAAAAUCAGCAAACAACUAACUGCUGCCGCUUCUGCAUCUUCUGCAUCCUGCCGGUCCCUCGCCCAUAGGAGAGGCGAUGUUACGAGGGUUUUAACUCCUUUUGGACGCAACUUGGGAGAGAGCUCGAUUUCUCUCCCCCUCCCCAUUUUGGGUCUUUAUUUUUUUUGCCCCCCCAAGACCUGCCGUUUUAGUUUCGCAGCCAAAAGCUCUCAGUGCCGGGUGUCCAGAGUUUAAUGAGUGGCAAUGUGUAGCAAAGCGAUCUUAGCACUUCUGGUCUAUGGCAUAAUAAUGCACUGCAGCGUCUACUGCUCACCUGCGGCCGGACUUCAGUACCCGGCGCUCAGGCUGGAGGAUGAAGUCUACGACGAGGACGGGAACACCCUGCAGGACUUCGCCUACGACCAAGAGCCCCUCGGUAUAGCGAAUCCGUCCUCCGUGAUCGGCGAGAUGUACACUUUGUAUUACCCACCGGAAAAGAGGCACGCCGAUGGGAUCUUCAACAAAGCCUACAGGAAACUCCUGGGCCAGUUAUCCGCCAGGAAAUAUCUGCACUCACUGAUGGCCAAGCGGGUCGGCGGUGCCAGCGGCGGCCUGGGGGACGAUGCGGAACCGCUGACCAAGCGGCACAUAGACGGCAUCUUCACGGACAGCUACAGCCGCUACCGGAAACAAAUGGCUGUCAAGAAAUACUUAGCAGCCGUCCUGGGGAAAAGGUAUAAACAAAGAAUUAAAAACAAAGGACGCCGAGUAGCGUAUUUGUAGCGAUGUGAGUAACCAGCCACUCCUGUGUAUACAAAGUCCUAAGAGAGAGAGAGAGAGAGAGAGAGAGAGAGAGAGAGAGAUAAACCCAACAACAACAACAACAAAAUCUAAACAAAAACAAAAGUCAUUUCCAAACUGACUGAACAAUCACCGCUCCUGUGUUACCUAAACAUGUAUUUAUGUAUGAAGUAAAGCCAUUAAAUGAA